AUGCCCUGUGUCUGGCCGUCUGGCCCAUGCCCUGUGUCUGGCCCAUGCCCUGUGUCUGGCCGUCUGGCCCAUGCCCUGUGUCUGGCCCAUGCCCUGUGUCUGGCCUAUGCCCUGUGUCUGGCCCAUGCCCUGUGUCUGGCCCAUGCCCUGUGUCUGGCCCAUGCCCUGUGUCUGGCCCAUGCCCUGUGUCUGGCCUAUGCCCUGUGUCUGGCCCAUGCCCUGUGUCUGGCCCAUGCCCUGUGUCUGGCCCAUGCCCUGUGUCUGGCCUAUGCCCUGUGUCUGGCCGUCUGGCCCAUGCACUGUGUCUGGCCGUCUGGCUCAUGCACUGUGUCUGGCCUAUGCCCUGUGUCUGGCCUAUGCCCUGUGUCUGGCCUAUGCACUGUGUCUGGCCCAUGCACUGUGUCUGGCCGUCUGGCCCAUGCACUGUGUCUGGCCCAUGCACUGUGUCUGGCCUAUGCACUGGCCUAUAUCCCUUGUCAGGCAAUGUAAGCUGUAGUGUCACCAAAUGAUAUCUUAAGUGCGACUCAUUCCCUUAAAUCAUAUUUUCAUUUACAUUUUUUACAUUUUAGUCAUUUAGCAGACGCUCUUAUCCAGAGCAACUUACAGGAGCAAUUAGGGCUAAGUGCCUUGCUCAAGGGCACAUCGACCGAUUUUUCAUCUAGUCGGCUCAGGGAUUAGAACCAGCGACCUUUCGGUUACUGGCACAACGCUCUUAACCACUAAGCUACCUGCCGCCUCGCACAGUGUCUGGCAUUUGUUUGUCUUUUAUUACAUGGAGGUCUAGAGGAGAGAGAACAACAUGUAUUGCUGGAAUAGAUUAGCAAGGAGAGACCUGGUAAGGGGACUAUUAUUCAAAAUGGCCUAUUGUCUUAACCCAAAAGUAAAGAAAGUCAAUAGAAAUAUGUUUGAUUUAAAAUAAGCAGAACAGAAAUCAGAUGUUCUAUUUUAAACCUAAAUAUCUACCUAAAACGUAUAGGCCAUGACUUUGAUUACGGUCUCCCAUUUGACCUUUUAUCAUAGUUCAUCUGUCAUUGUGUCAAGCCUUACUGUACUUCUCCGUCUGGUUUUGUCAGGAAGUCCAUUGUUAGAGUGCGGUCAUCAAGGUUUUUGUUGAGUUGAUGUCAUCCUUUUGUCUUCCGUCCUGUCUUGCUCCUUGUGUGCAAGUUCAGUUUCAGACAGCUUUGUCUGGAUCCCCAGCGUCCGCAGGCCCUCUGCUGCCUCCCAUGCAGAGUUGAACAUCCGUAGGCCGCUCUGCAGGAAUACUUGCAGGCGGGCGGAGUAAGGUUACUGGAAUCGGAUGUGCUGCUCCUUCAGUUGCCUCUUGAUAUUCUCUCUGUUUUUUGUUGGAUGUCCACCGAGUACUUCUGGUCAAAAGACACCAGUUUUUCCUGGAACACCAGCUCUUCAGCUUUCCAUGCUGUGUGGCGGACGAGUUGUUGGUAUCUCAGGAAUCGUAGGACGAUGAACCUCGGUGGUACAUGAGGGUCGGUGGGAGAUGAACCUAUCGCUCUGUGGCUGCGCUGGACUCCCAGGUCCAUCUCGGGUGGGAGAUGAACCUAUCGCUCUGUGGCUGCGCUGGACUCCCAGGUCCAUCUCGGGUGGGAGAUGCAAUAGUUAUUUAAUGAAGGGCUCAAUAUCUCCUUUUUCCGUUCUUUCUGGUACUAUAUAUUUAUUAUAAAAAUUUUCUGGUGUGUGUGUGUGUGUGUGUGUGUGUGUGUAUACGUGUAUACAGUGGGGAGAACAAGUAUUUGAUACACUGCCGAUUUUGCAGGUUUUUCUACUUACAAAGCAUGUAGAGGUCUGUAAUUUUUAUCAUAGGUACACUUCAACUGUGAGAGACAGAAUCUAAAACAAAAAUCCAGAAAAUCACAUUGUAUGAUUUUUAAGUAAUGAAUCUGCAUUUUAUUGCAUGACAUAAGUAUUUGAUACAUCAGAAAAGCAGAACUUAAUAUUUGAGACAGAAACCUUUGUUUGCAAUUACAGAGAUCAUACGUUUCCUGUAGGUCUUGACCAGGUUUGCACACACUGCAGCAGGGAUUUUGGCCCACUCCUCCAUACAGACCUUCUCCAGAUCCUUCAGUACGGUGCAGUCGUCCUGUCCCCUUUGCAGAAAAGCAUCCCCAAAGAAUGAUGUUUCCACCUCCAUGCUUCACGGUUGGGAUGGUGUUCUUGGGGUUGUACUCAUCCUUCUUCUUCCAAACACGGCGAGUGGAGUUUAGACCAAAAAGCUCUAUUUUUGUCUCAUCAGACCACAUGACCUUCUCCCAUUCCUCCUCUGGAUCAUCCAGAUGGUCAUUGGCAAACUUCAGACGGGCCUGGACAUGCGCUGGCUUGAGCAGGGGGACCUUGCGUGCGCUGCAGGAUUUUAAUCCAUGACGGCGUAGUGUGUUACUAAUGGUUUUCUUUGAGACUGUGGUCCCAGCUCUCUUCAGGUCAUUGACCAGGUCCUGCCGUGUAGUUCUGGGCUGAUCCCUCACCUUGCUCAUGAUCAUUGAUGCCCCACGAGGUGAGAUCUUGCUUGGAGCCCCAGACCGAGGGUGAUUGAUCGUCAUCUUGAACUUCUUCCAUUUUCUAAUAAUUGCGCCAACAGUUGUUGCCUUCUCACCAAGCUGCUUGCCUAUUGUCCUGUAGCCCAUCCCAGCCUUGUGCAGGUCUACAAUUUUAUCCCUGAUGUCCUUACACAGCUCUCUGGUCUUGGCCAUUGUGGAGAGGUUGGAGUCUGUUUGAUUGAGUGUGUGGACAGGUGUCUUUUAUACAGGUAACGAGUUCAAACAGGUGCAGUUAAUUCAGGUAAUGAGUGGAGAACAGGAGGGCUUCUUAAAGAUAAACUAACAGGUCUGUGAGAGCCGGAAUUCUUACUGGUUGGUAGGUGAUCAAAUACUUAUGUCAUGCAAUAAAAUGCUAAUUAAUUACUUAAAAAUCAUACAAUGUGAUUUUCUGGAUUUUUGUUUUACAUUCCGUCUCUCACAGUUGAAGUGUACCUAUGAUAAAAAUUACAGACCUCUACAUGCUUUGUAAGUAGAAAAACCUGCAAAAUCGGCAGUGUAUCAAAUACUUGUUCUCCCCACUGUGUGUGUGUGUGUGUGUGUGUAUAUAUAUAUAUAUAUAUAUAUAUAUAUAUAUAUAUAUAUAUAUAUAUAUAUAUAUAUAUAUAUAUACACACAUUACAUUUCUUUCUCUUGAUUCUAAAUCUUGACAUUUGUCAUGAAGAUCUUGUUGUUCCUUGAGAGUGAAAGAGAGCAGUCUUGAGAGUCUGGUGUCCAGGUUCUGGAUGGAAGUUUUCACGUCUUCCAUUUUCUAUUCCACUGUUUCAAACCCACCGUUGAUCAUCAUUUAGAGCUCCGUUAACACAUCACCUAUUCCAGGCACGUUUCCCUUGUUUCUUGGAUUUACUGCCGCGUGGUCACACCUUUCGCAUAACCGGAAAAGAUUCACUUCAUCUCGUAUAAGGGUUUAGUAGCUUAGGAAAAUCAAUUAAUGAAUGGUGGCGUGUAGAUCAGCCACAGAGAAGUAGAUCAGCCACAGAGAAGCAGAUCAGCCACAGAGAAGCAGAUCAGCCACAGAGAAGCAGAUCAGCCACAGAGAAGCAGAUCAGCCACAGAGAAGUAGAUCAGCCACAGAGAAGUAGAUCAGCCACAGAGAAGCCUUGAGUGACAGAAUGGACUCUUUCUCGUGAAUGUUCCAGCCCCCUCAUUAUCUCAACCAAUCAUGGCUGAUAGGUAUGUUUCCCCCCCCCCCCCCCCCCCCUCCAGAAUGGUGACUGAUAGGUAUGUUUCCCCCCCCCCCCCCUCCAGAAUGGUGACUGAUAUGUAUGUCCCCCCCCCCCCCUCCAGAAUGGUGACUGAUAUGUAUGUUUCCCCCCCCCCCCUCCAGAAUGGUGACUGAUAUGUAUGUUCCCCCCCCCCCUCCAGAAUGGUGACUAAUAUGUAUGUUUUUUCCCCUCCCCCUCCAGAAUGGUGACUGACGUGCAGCUGGCCAUCUUCGCCAACAUGUUGGGUGUGUCUCUGUUCCUGCUGGUGGUUCUAUAUCACUACGUAGCCGUCAACAACCCCAAGAAACUGGAGUAGAACUGCCCUGGAGAGCAGGUGAGGAGGGAGCCAUAGGUCCUCUUCGAAUGGGAGCAGGCUCCGUUCUCUAAUAGGUCCUCUUCGAAUGGGAGCAGGCUCCGUUCUCUAAUAGGUCCUCUUCGAAUGGGAGCAGGCUCCGUUCUCUAAUAGGUCCUCUUCGAAUGGGAGCAGGCUCCGUUCUUUAAUAGGUCCUCUUCGAAUUGGAGCAGGCUCCGUUCUCUAAUAGGUCCGGUCGGAGCCGACGCGGGAUAUGGCUUGAACACGUACCUCAAGCCAGGGAUGCAAUAUUCCAAUGCACUCCGAAUUCGCCCAGUAUCCAAACUGCCAAAUCAAGGAUCUUGAAAUACUGCAGUUUUUGUCCUCAUGCUAGCUAGCUUAGCCACAGCAGCAUGGACUGGCACAUCGCAUUGAACAACAAAGGAGCUGAUUGGCUGACUAUCCUCUUGUCCAACGUCACAUCAUGGCUGCUGUGCAUGACGAUGAAAACGGCAGUCUGGAUACUGGGAGCUUGUUGAUUUGGCAGUCUGGAUACUGGGAGCUUGUUGAUUUGGCAGACUGGGAGCUUGUUGAUUUGGCAGUCUGGAUACUGGGAGCUUGUUGAUUUGGCAGACUGGAUACUGGGAGCUUGUUGAUUUGGCAGUCUGGAUACUGGGAGCUUGUUGAUUUGGCAGUCUGGAUACUGGGAGCUUGUUGAUUUGGCAGUCUGGAUACUGGGAGCUUGUUGAUUUGGCAGUCUGGAUACUGGGAGCUUGUUGAUUUGGCAGUCUGGAUACUGGGAGCUUGUUGAUUUGGCAGUCUGGAUACUGGGAGCUUGUUGAUUUGGCAGUCUGGAUACUGGGAGCUUGUUGAUUUGGCAGUCUGGAUACUGGGAGCUUGUUGAUUUGGCAGUCUGGAUACUGGGAGCUUGUUGAUUUGGCAGUCUGGAUACUGGGAGCUUGUUGAUUUGGCAGUCUGGAUACUGGGAGCUUGUUGAUUUGGCAGUCUGGAUACUGGGAGCUUGUUGAUUUGGCAGUCUGGAUACUGGGAGCUUGUUGAUUUGGCAGACUGGGAGCUUGUUGAUUUGGCAGUCUGGAUACUGGGAGCUUGUUGAUUUGGCAGUCUGGAUACUGGGAGCUUGUUGAUUUGGCAGUCUGGAUACUGGGAGCUUGUUGAUUUGGCAGUCUGGAUACUGGGAGCUUGUUGAUUUGGCAGACUGGAUACUGGGAGCUUGUUGAUUUGGCAGUCUGGAUACUGGGAGCUUGUUGAUUUGGCAGUCUGGAUACUGGGAGCUUGUUGAUUUGGCAGUCUGGAUACUGGGAGCUUGUUGAUUUGGCAGUCUGGAUACUGGGAGCUUGUUGAUUUGGCAGUCUGGAUACUGGGAGCUUGUUGAUUUGGCAGACUGGGAGCUUGUUGAUUUGGCAGUCUGGAUACUGGGAGCUUGUUGAUUUGGCAGUCUGGAUACUGGGAGCUUGUUGAUUUGGCAGUCUGGAUACGGGGAGCUUGUUGAUUUGGCAGUCUGGAUACUGGGAGCUUGUUGAUUUGGCAGUUUGGAUACUGGGAGCUUGUUGAUUUGGCAGUCUGGAUACUGGGAGCUUGUUGAUUUGGCAGUCUGGAUACUGGGAGCUUGUUGAUUUGGCAGACUGGGAGCUUGUUGAUUUGGCAGUCUGGAUACUGGGAGCUUGUUGAUUUGGCAGUCUGGAUACUGGGAGCUUGUUGAUUUGGCAGUCUGGAUACUGGGAGCUUGUUGAUUUGGCAGACUGGGAGCUUGUUGAUUUGGCAGUCUGGAUACUGGGAGCUUGUUGAUUUGGCAGUCUGGAUACUGGGAGCUUGUUGAUUUGGCAGUCUGGAUACGGGGAGCUUGUUGAUUUGGCAGUCUGGAUACUGGGAGCUUGUUGAUUUGGCAGUCUGGAUACUGGGAGCUUGUUGAUUUGGCAGUCUGGAUACUGGGAGCUUGUUGAUUUGGCAGUCUGGAUACUGGGAGCUUGUUGAUUUGGCAGUCUGGAUACUGGGAGCUUGUUGAUUUGGCAGUCUGGAUACUGGGAGCUUGUUGAUUUGGCAGUCUGGAUACUGGGAGCUUGUUGAUUUGGCAGUCUGGAUACGGGGAGCUUGUUGAUUUGGCAGACUGGGAGCUUGUUGAUUUGGCAGUUUGGAUACUGGGAGCUUGUUGAUUUGGCAGUCUGGAUACUGGGAGCUUGUUGAUUUGGCAGUCUGGAUACGGGGAGCUUGUUGAUUUGGCAGACUGGGAGCUUGUUGAUUUGGCAGUCUGGAUACUGGGAGCUUGUUGAUUUGGCAGUCUGGAUACUGGGAGCUUGUUGAUUUGGCAGUCUGGAUACGGGGAGCUUGUUGAUUUGGCAGACUGGGAGCUUGUUGAUUUGGCAGUCUGGAUACUGGGAGCUUGUUGAUUUGGCAGUCUGGAUACGGGGAGCUUGUUGAUUUGGCAGACUGGGAGCUUGUUGAUUUGGCAGUCUGGAUACUGGGAGCUUGUUGAUUUGGCAGUCUGGAUACUGGGAGCUUGUUGAUUUGGCAGUCUGGAUACGGGGCGAAUUCGGAGUACAUUGGAAUAUUGCAUCCCUGGAUUGAGGUACGUGCUCAAGCCAUAUCCUGCACCAGUUCCGAGCUGCCCUAUUUGAGAACUGAGCCCGCUUCCGACUCAAAGAGAAAUGAACAUGGAGGGUCUCUGGCUAGUGAGAAGGGGGUAGGGAGAGUGAGGGGGGAUAUGGGGGUAGGGAGAGUGAGGGGGGGAUAUGGGGGUAUGGAGAGUGAGGGGGGGGCAUAUGGGGGUAGGGGAGUGAGGGGGGAUGGGGUAUAUGGGGGUAGGGAGGUGAGGGGGGAUAUAUGGGGGUAUGGAGAGUGAGGGGGGGAUAUGGGGGUCGGGGGUAGGGAGAGUGAGGGGGGGGAGGGGGAUAUGGGGGGUAGGGAGAGUGAGGGGGGGAUAUGGGGGUAGGGAGAGGAGGGGGGGGGGAUAUGGGGGUAUGGAAGUGAGGGGGGGAUUAUGGGGGUAGGGAGAGUGAGGGGGGGAUCCCCAAUGGGGUAGGGACCGACCCCUAUAUUGGGGGUAGGGAGAGUGGGGGGGAUAUGGGGGUAGGGAGAGUGAGGGGGGGAUAUGGGGGUAGGGAGAGUGAGGGGGAUAUGGGGGUAGGGAGAGUGAGGGGGGGAUAUGGGGGUAGGGAGAGCUAAAGAGUGUUUGAGGAGGGGGUGAAGAAAGGGGUGAGUAACCCUCCUAGUCAGGCAUUGAAGCUUCUGGGCACAGAUAUGAGAUCAGUUUACCCAGUCUACCAGUGUUGUAACCAUCCUGUCAGGCUGUGGUAUGGGGUCAGUUUACCCAGUCUACCAGUGCUGUAACCAUCCUGUCAGGCUGUGGUAUGGGGUCAGUUUACCCAGUCUACCAGUGUUGUAACCAUCCUGUCAGGCUGUGGUAUGGGGUCAGUUUACCCAGUCUACCAGUGUUGUAACCAUCCUGUCAGGCUGUGGUAUGGGGUCAGUUUACCCAGUCUACCAGUGCUGUAACCAUCCUGUCAGGCUGUGGUAUGGGGUCAGUUUACCCAGUCUACCAGUGCUGUAACCAUCCUGUCAGGCUGUGGUAUGGGGUCAGUUUACCCAGUCUACCAGUGUUGUAACCAUCCUGUCAGGCUGUGGUAUGGGGUCAGUUUACCCAGUCUACCAGUGUUGUAACCAUCCUGUCAGGCUGUGGUAUGGGGUCAGUUUACCCAGUCUACCAGUGUUGUAACCAUCCUGUCAGGCUGUGGUAUGGGGUCAGUUUACCCAGUCUACCAGUGCUGUAACCAUCCUGUCAGGCUGUGGUAUGGGGUCAGUUUACCCAGUCUACCAGUGUUGUAACCAUCCUGUCAGGCUGUGGCACCCUAUCCCCUAUUUAGUGCACUCUGUUGACCAGGGCCCUAAUAGGGAAUAGGGUAAUCUGACUCAUGGCCUCUCCUCACAGGUGGCGGCUGAAGGAGACCAGAGAGGGCAGCAGUGAGUCAUCCUCCCUCUUCUUCUCUCCCUCCCAGAGAGGGCAGCAGUGAGUCAUCCUCCCUCUUCUUCUCUCCCUCCCAGAGAGAGCAGCAGUGAGACGCCUGUGAGGAGAGGCCAUGAGUCAUCCUCCCUCUUCUUCUCUCCCUCCCAGAGAGGGCAGCAGUGAGACGCCUGUGAGGAGAGGCCAUGAGUCAUCCUCCCUCUUCUUCUCUCCCUCCCAGAGAGGGCAGCAGUGAGACGCCUGUGAGGAGAGGCCAUGAGUCAUCCUCCCUCUUCUUCUCUCCCUCCCAGAGAGCAGCUGUAGAACUGUCUGUCUCUCUAAGCCUGUACAGGAGUGUUUUCUAAUAAACUGUCAACAAAUGCCUAUCAGUUUGGUGUGGUGAUUGAUUAAAAAACCUUAUUGGCAUUUCUACAAACAUUACAUACAAACAUUAAAUGAACACGCAUUACAUUAUUCAAAUAUGUACACUCCGGGAUGGAACUUAUGGAUUUUGGCUAGCAGGGCUUCUAGACCGCAAUUCCUACUAGCCUGUGUCCAAAACCGGUGCCGAGGGAUAUUUGAGAAGACAGAAAAUGUCUACUAGCCCGGUCUGGAGAAGGCCAGGCCCGGGACACUAUGCAGAGCACACACACAGAGCCUUCUGGAGAAGGCCCGGCCCGGGAUAUCUUAAAUUCCAUCCCUGUGGACACUAUGCAGAGCACACACACAGAGCCUUCUGGAGAAGGCCCGGCCCGGGAUAUCUUAAAUUCCAUCCCUGUGAACACUAUGCAGAGCACACACAGAGCUUUCUGCAAACAUGUAUUCAGAAACGGAUCUACUGUAGAAGUAGUAAGGUACUAUUGUUUUACGUCAGAUAGCGUGAUUAUUUUUUUUAUUUUUUAAGGGGGUAGAUCAGAUUUAAUAUUGCAGAUAUAGUGCAUUUGGAAAGUAUUCAGACCCCUUUACCUUUUCCACAUUUUGUUACGUUACAGCCUUAUUCUAAAAUGGAUUAAAUAAAAAUCUUCAAUCUACACACAAUACCCCAUAAUGACAAAGCAAAAACAGGUUUCGAUAAAUGUUUGCUAAUUUAUGAAAUAUCACAUUUACACAAGUAUUCAGACCCUUCACUCAGUACUUUUGUAGUGGAAUUUUAUUGUCUCUUAAUGCUCUUUCAGUGUCUCACUUAUUCUACAUGUUUGGCCUGUUGCGUACUUAGAAAUGCGCCUUUUGUAGAGGUCGGCUCAGCGGGAGUGAAAAUAUUGGCUGAACACCCACACUGUGAUUGCCAGGUGUUUUCCUCCUCUGCAGCCGGUCUCUGGGAGCAAACUCAUUGCUGAGAAAGGAUGCACUCGGCUAUCUUUGUGUAACCCGUAGCGAUAGUAGAAAUACGCUGAGUGGGAAAUACAGUGCCCUCCACUAUUAUUGGCACCCUUGUUUAAGAUGUGGUCGAGGACUUCCAAAAAUUCUCCUUUUUUUUAAACAACAUAGAACCCAAAUGCAAAAAAAUAGAAAAAUCCAACCUUUUAUUUAAGUACAUUACUUUGGUGGUAAAAAAAAAAAUCACACAUUUAGAAAAAAAAUUACUUGAAAUCAUGUGUCCCACAAUUAUUGGCACCCCUAACAAUUCCGCUGAAAAUGUUAAUUGAUUUUUUUUAAAAUAUAUUUUUCUGUAGUUGCUAAAGUUGGUCAGGGUAUCUAGGAACUUUUAAUUAGUAAUUCAUGACCUCCUGUUUCCCCGGGGUAUAAAUAUGACGUGACACAGAGGCCUAAUUCUCUUACCCAUUUGUCAACAUGGCAAAGACAAGAGAACACACCAUUCAAGUAAGGCAGAUUUGUGUCGACCUUCAUAAGUCAGGCAAUGGCUACAAGAAAAUAGCCACUCGCCUUAACUUGCCCGUAUCUACAGUCAGAGGAAUCAUUAAGAAGUUUAAAACAACUGGAACAGUGACAAACAAGGCUGGAAGAGGUCCCAAGUUUAUCUUGCCACAACGCACAGUGAGGAGGAUGGUAAGAGAAGUAAAAAAAAGUCCUAAGCUCACUGUCACAGAAUUGCAUCAAAGAGUGGCAUCUUGGGGUCACAAAGUCUCCAAAACAACCAUCAGACGCUCUCUACAUGCCAACAAGCUGUUUGGGAGGCAUGCAAGGAAAAAGCCUUUUCUCACUAACACUCACAAACGUAAACGUCUGGAGUUUGCUAAGCGGCACUGGGACUUCAACUGGGAUCGUGUGCUUUGGUCAGAUGAGACUAAGAUUGAGCUUUUUGGCAACAAACACUCUAAGUGGGUCUGGCGUAAAACAAAAUAUGAGUAUGCCGAAAAGCACCUCAUGCCCACCGUGAAGUAUGGUGGAGGAUCUGUGAUGCUGUGGGCCUGUUUCUCUUCCAAAGGCCCUGGGAACCUUGUUAGGGUGCAUGGCAUUAUGAACGCUUUGAACUACCAGGACAUUUUAAAUAAAAACCUGAUGGCCUCUGCCAGAAAGCUGAAGAUGGGUCGUCAUUGGGUCUUUCAGCAGGAUAAUGAUCCAAAACAUGUGGCAAAAUCUACACAAAAAUGGUUCAGCAGUCACAAACUCAAGGUCCUCCCAUGGCCAUCUCAGUCCCCAGACAUCAACCCAAUCGAAAACCUGUGGGGCGAGCUAAAGAGGAGAGUGCAUAAGAGAGGACCCAGGACACUGGAUGAUCUAGAAAGAUUGUGCAAAGAAGAACGGUCAAAGAUCCCUCUCUCUGUGUUCUCCAAUCUUGUGAAAUGUUAUAGGAGGAGAUUAAGUGCUGUCUUGUUGGCAAAAGGGGGUUGUACAAAGUAUUAACAUCAGGGGUGCCAAUAAUUGUGGGACACAUGAUUUCAAGUUUUUUUUUCUAAAUGUGUGAUUUUUUUUUUUACACCAAAGUAAUGUACUUAAAUAAAAGGUUGGAUUUUUCUCUUUUUUUGCAUUUGGGUUCUAUGUUGUUUAAAAAAAAAGAAUAAUUUUUGGAAGUCCUCGACCACAUCUUAAACAGGGGUGCCAAUAAUUGUGGAGGGCACUGUACCUCAUCAGAGCUUCUGACUAAACUCCACAUGAAGUGCUGUUUGUCUGUAAUCUCUCCACUGGCGUGAAUAAACAAAUUAAUUUCGGCUUGACUUUGGGGUCCUUAGUGGUUAUCUCCACGACACUGUGUUGAAGCACCUUGGGCAGUGAUUACAGCCUUGAGUCUUCUUGGGUAUGACACUACAAGCUUGCCGCACCUGUAUUUGGGUUUCUCCCAUUCUUCUCAAGCUCUGUCAGGUUGGAUGGGGAGCGUCGCUGCACAGCUAUUUUCAGGUCUCUCCAGAGAUGUUCGAUCGGGUUCAAGUCCGGGCUCUGGCUGGGCCACUCAAGGACAUUCAGAGACUUGUCCCAAAGCCACUCCUGUGUGCUUAGGGUCGUUGUCCUGUUGGAAGGUGAACCUUCGCCCCAGUCUGAGGUCCUGAGCGCUCUGGAGAAGGUUUUCAUCAAGGAUCUCUCUGUACUUUGCUCUGUUAAUCUUUGCUUUCAAACUUUCUAAGUUCUUGACACUUUCCGUAUUGACUGACCUUCAUGUCUUAACGUAACUGUUGUUUCUCUUUGCUUAUUUGAUCUGUUCUUGCCAUAAUAUGGACUUGGUCUUUUACCAAAUAGGGCUAUCUUCUGUAUACCCCUGUCAUCAAGGCAAAGGGUGGCUACUUUGAAGAAUCUCAAAUAUUAAAUAUAUUUUGAUUUGUUUAACACUUUUUUGGUUACUACAUGAUUCCAUAUGUGUUAUUUCAUAGUUUUGAUAUCUUAACUCUUAUUCUACAAUGUAAAAAACAAAGAAAAACCCUUGAAUGAGUAGGUGUGUCCAAACAUUUGACUGAUACUGUAUUUUAUUUAGUAUAUGUAAAGACAAGAUUAAAUCAAGAAUAGUCUAAUAGUGACAAUAUUAGCCUAUCACUUGUGAAUUAUACACUGCUCAAAAAAAUUAAGGGAACACUUAAACAACACAAUGUAACUCCAAGUCAAUCACACUUCUGUGAAAUCAAACUGUCCACUUAGGAAGCAACACUGAUUGACAAUAAAUGUCACAUGCUGUUGUGCAAAUGGAAUAGACAACAGGUGGAAAUUAUAGGCAAUUAGCAAGACACCCCCAAUAAAGGACUGGUUUUGCAGGUGGUGACCACAGACCACUUCUCAGUUCCUAUGCUUCCUGGCUGAUGUUUUGGUCACUUUUGAAUGCUGGCGGUGCUUUCACUCUAGUGGUAGCAUGAGACGGAGUCUACAACCCACACAAGUGGCUCAGGUAGUGCAGCUCAUCCAGGAUGGCACAUCAAUGCGAGCUGUGGCAAGAAGGUUUGCUGUGUCUGUCAGCGUAGUGUCCAGAGCAUGGAGGCACUACCAGGAGACAGGCCAGUACAUCAGGAGACGUGGAGGAGGCCGUAGGAGGGCAACAACCCAGCAGCAGGACUGCUACCUCCGCCUUUGUGCAAGGAGGAGCAGGAGGAGCACUGCCAGAGCCCUGCAAAAUGACCUCCAGCAGGCCACAAAUGUGCAUGUGUCUGCUCAAACGGUCAGAAACAGACUCCAUGAGGGUGGUAUGAGGGCCCGACGUCCACAGGUGGGGGUUGUGCUUACAGCCCAACACCGUGCAGGACGUUUGGCAUUUGCCAGAGAACACCAAGAUUGGCAAAUUUGCCACUGGCGCCCUGUGCUCUUCACAGAUGAAAGCAGGUUCACACUGAGCACAUGUGACAGACGUGACAGAGUCUGGAGUCGCCGUGGAGAACGUUCUGCUGCCUGCAACAUCCUCCAGCAUGACCGGUUUGGCGGUGGGUCAGUCAUGGUGUGGGGUGGCAUUUCUUUGGGGGGCCGCACAGCCCUCCAUGUGCUCGCCAGAGGUAGCCUGACUGCCAUUAGGUACCGAGAUGAGAUCCUCAGACCCCUUGUGAGACCAUAUGCUGGUGCGGUUGGCCCUGGGUUCCUCCUAAUGCAAGACAAUGCUAGACCUCAUGUGGCUGGAGUGUGUCAGCAGUUCCUGCAAGAGGAAGGCAUUGAUGCUAUGGACCGCCCGUUCCCCAGACCUGAAUCCAAUUGAGCACAUCUGGGACAUCAUGUCUCGCUCCAUCCACCAACGCCACGUUGCACCACAGACUGUCCAGGAGUUGGUGGAUGCUUUAGUCCAGGUCUGGGAGGAGAUCCCUCAGGAGACCAUCCGCCACCUCAUCAGGAGCAUGCCCAGGCAUUGUAGGGAGGUCAUACAGGCACGUGGAGGCCACACACACGACUGAGCCUCAUUUUGACUUGUUUUAAGGACAUUACAUCAAAGUUGGAUCAGCCUGUAGUGUGGUUUUCCACUUUAAUUUUGAGGGUGACUCCAAAUCCAGACCUCCAUGGGUUGAUACAUUUGAUUUCCAUUGAUAAUUUUUGUGUGUAAAGUGUAAAGAAAAAAGUUUUUAAUAAGAUUAUUUCAUUCAUUCAGAUCUAGGAUGUUUUAUUUUAGUGUUCCCUUUAUUUUUUUGAGCAGUGUAUAUGGAUGAGCAAUGUCAUUAUCAGAGUGGCAUAGGCUAAGAUGCAAUAGAUAGUGUAGAAUACAGUAUAUACAUAUGAGAUGGGUAAUGCAAUAUAUGUAAACAUUAUUAAAGUGUCAUUAUUAAAGUGACUAGUGUUCCAUUUAUUAAAGUGGCCAGUGAUUUUCAAGUCUGUAUGUAGGCAGCAGCCUCUGUGCUAGUGAUGGCUGUUUAACAGUCUGACGGCCUUGAGAUAGAAGCUGUUUUUCAUUCUCUCAGUCCCAGCUUUGAUACACCUGUACUGACCUCGCCUUCUGCAUGAUAGCGGGGUGAACAGGCAGUGGCCUUCCUGUGACAUCGGGUGCUGUAUGUGUCCUGGAGGGCAGGUAGUUUGCCCCCAGUGAUGCGUUGGGCAGACCGCACCACCCUCUGGAGAGCCCUGUAUAUUAUCAUGCCCGACGGCACCACCCUCUGGAGAGCCCUGUAUAUUAUCAUGCCCGACGGCACCACCCUCUGGAGAGCCCUGUAUAUUAUCAUGCCCGACGGCACCACCCUCUGGAGAGCCCUGUAUAUUAUCAUGCCCGACCGCACCACCCUCUGGAGAGCCCUGUAUAUUAUCAUGCCCGACGGCACCACCCUCUGGAGAGCCCUGUAUAUUAUCAUGCCCAGUCCUAAUAUUAAGCACAUUGCUUAUCUUUACAACAGGAGUAUAGCCUACCUGGCUGGCAUGAAAAUAAAACACGUGAAAGCGUCCUCCAUUUGCUAUUUAAGUGCAUAGAUGACGUAUGUUUUACGCUGCCCCCGUUUCGAGACAGGUGCAUGAUAAUGGUCCAUUCUAAAUCAAAAUAAAUGUCACACGUAUAUUAUUUAGUUUAUGUAAAUACAAGUUUAAAUCAAGAAUAGUCUGAUAGUGACAAUAUUAGCCUAAGGCACUGCAUCUCAGUGCUUGAGGCGUCACUACAGACCCCCUGGUUCGAUUCCAGGCUGUAUCACAACCGGCCGUGAUUGGGAGUCCCAUAGGGCGGCGCACAAUUGGCCCAGCGUCGUCCGGGUUUGGCCGGUGUAGGCCGUCAUUGUAAAUAAGAAUUAGUACUUAACUGACUUGCCUGGAUAAAUAAAGGUAAAAUAAAAUAAAAUCACUUGUGAAUGAUGCCCAGCUUGAGGCAAGAAACAAAGCCUUUUUUUGUGUGACUUUUUCACCUCAUUUAGCCCUAGGCCUAUGUUUUAAUAAGGUUUGUAUCACAACUAAAGUGGCCAAAUAACUUCUUAAAAUUAAGCACAUUAAUCCACUUUACAAGGGGUGUAGAGCCUAACUGGCAUAUAGUAAGCAGUGAAUUUCAAGUUUGGGGAAGAUAAUUUUCACCAUAAAAAUGCACCUUUAUAAUAAAAGCAUUACAGUGAUGGGAAAAAAGUAUUUGAUCCCCUGCUGAUUUUGUACGUUUGCCCACUGACAAAGAAAUGAUCAGUCUAUAAUUUUAAUGGUAGGUUUAUUUGAACAGUGAGAGACAGAAUAACAACUAAAAAAUCCAGAGAAACGCAUGUAAAAAAUGUUAUAAAUUGAUUUGCAUUUUAAUGAGGGAAAUAAGUAUUUGACCCCCUCUCAAUCAGAAAGAUUUCUGGCUCCCAGGUGUCUUUUAUACAGGUAACGAGCUGAGAUUAGGAGCACACUCUUAAAGGGAGUGCUCCUAAUCUCAGCUUGUUACCUGUAUAAAAGACACCUGUCCACAGAAGCAAUCAAAUCAAUCAGAUUCCAAACUCUCCACCAUGGCCAAGACCAAAAAGCUCUCCAAGGAUGUCAGGGACAAGAUUGUAGACCUACACAAGGCUGGAAUGGGCUACAAGACCAUCGCCAAGCAGCUUGGUGAGAAGUUGACAACAAUUGGUGCGAUUAUUCGCAAAUGGAAGAAACACAAAAUAACUGUCAAUCUCCCUUGGCCUGGGGCUCCAUGCAAGAUCUCACCUGAAAGCGUCCCAAAACACACGGCCAAGGCAACAAAGGAGUGGCUCAAGAAGCAGCACAUUAAGGUCCUGGAGUGACCUAGCCAGUCUCCAGACCUCAUGUAGCCAGGACUCCUCCACUGUGGGGCUCUAUACCGCUCCCUCAUGUAGCCAGGACUCCUCCACUGUGGGGCUCUAUACCGCUCCCUCAUGUAGCCAGGACCCCUCCACUGUGGGGCUCUAUACCGCUCCCUCAUGUAGCCAGGACUCCUCCACUGUGGGGCUCUAUACCGCUCCCUCAUGUAGCCAGGACCCCUCCACUGUGGGGCUCUAUACCGCUCCCUCAUGUAGCCAGGACCCCUCCACUGUGGGGCUCUAUACCGCUCCCUCAUGUAGCCAGGACUCCUCCACUGUGGGGCUCUAUACCGCUCCCUCAUGUAGCCAGGACUCCUCCACUGUGGGGCUCUAUACCGCUCCCUCAUGUAGCCAGGACUCCUCCACUGUGGGGCUCUAUACCGCUCCCUCAUGUAGCCAGGACCCCUCCACUGUGGGGCUCUAUACCGCUCCCUCAUGUAGCCAGGACUCCUCCACUGUGGGGCUCUAUACCGCUCCCUCAUGUAGCCAGGACUCCUCCACUGUGGGGCUCUAUACCGCUCCCUCAUGUAGCCAGGACUCCUCCACUGUGGGGCUCUAUACCGCUCCCUCAUGUAGCCAGGACUCCUCCACUGUGGGGCUCUAUACCGCUCCCUCAUGUAGCCAGGACUCCUCCACUGUGGGGCUCUAUACCGCUCCCUCAUGUAGCCAGGACUCCUCCACUGUGGGGCUCUAUACCGCUCCCUCAUGUAGCCAGGACUCCUCCACUGUGGGGCUCUAUACCGCUCCCUCAUGUAGCCAGGACUCCUCCACUGUGGGGCUCUAUACCGCUCCCUCAUGUAGCCAGGACUCCUCCACUGUGGGGCUCUAUACCGCUCCCUCAUGUAGCCAGGACUCCUCCACUGUGGGGCUCUAUACCGCUCCCUCAUGUAGCCAGGACUCCUCCACUGUGGGGCUCUAUACCGCUCCCUCAUGUAGCCAGGACUCCUCCACUGUGGGGCUCUAUACCGCUCCCUCAUGUAGCCAGGACUCCUCCACUGUGGGGCUCUAUACCGCUCCCUCAUGUAGCCAGGACUCCUCCACUGUGGGGCUCUAUACCGCUCCCUCAUGUAGCCAGGACUCCUCCACUGUGGGGCUCUAUACCGCUCCCUCAUGUAGCCAGGACUCCUCCACUGUGGGGCUCUAUACCGCUCCCUCAUGUAGCCAGGACUCCUCCACUGUGGGGCUCUAUACCGCUCCCUCAUGUAGCCAGGACUCCUCCACUGUGGGGCUCUAUACCGCUCCCUCAUGUAGCCAGGACUCCUCCACUGUGGGGCUCUAUACCGCUCCCUCAUGUAGCCAGGACUCCUCCACUGUGGGGCUCUAUACCGCUCCCUCAUGUAGCCAGGACCCCUCCACUGUGGGGCUCUAUACCGCUCCCUCAUGUAGCCAGGACCCCUCCACUGUGGGGCUCUAUACCGCUCCCUCAUGUAGCCAGGACUCCUCCACUGUGGGGCUCUAUACCGCUCCCUCAUGUAGCCAGGACUCCUCCACUGUGGGGCUCUAUACCGCUCCCUCAUGUAGCCAGGACUCCUCCACUGUGGGGCUCUAUACCGCUCCCUCAUGUAGCCAGGACUCCUCCACUGUGGGGCUCUAUACCGCUCCCUCAUGUAGCCAGGACUCCUCCCGCCCAACUUACUUCCUUCAUCCAAACACCGACACGCGUUCCACAGUACAAUGGAUGGGCAAGAGGCAUAAACUAAGGUACACUAAUAACGAAGGAAUAUAUCAAAUCAGGCAAGUAUGAAUCAUAAAGGUAAGUACCCAAUAUUUUUAUCACAUAAAUGUAUAUUUAUAUUUCAUAUGGUGCUCUGUAUGUGGUUAACUGUCUCGAACACCCUCUCUGCUCAGCAUCAUUGUCCCGUGUCUCCAGAUCACUCUGUGGUGUAGAUAUAUCCGGAAGCUUCUGUCAGAGGGUCACAGUUAGAAACUUCCUACUCCACCCACUGGUUCCCAGCCCACACCGAAGAUCAGGACAUCAAAAUAAUGUAUUGGCUAAAUUCAUAGGGUUAUAGAAAACAUAUACAGCUCUCUCCCCCACAGCUACCCACUACCCCCACUGGCUAACCGCGGCCCUCCCAGGUCAAUGGGAUAUUCUGGCUCAGGGAGAAUAAACCACACACGAUACCCACAAAACUAAAUGUAUAAUUAGAUUAGUAGAAGAUGAAUAUAAUGCUAAAAAACACUCCACUGCAAACUGUAUAAAGCUGGUGCUCUGUAACUGCAAACAGGUUCAAAUGGUGCUCACACAAUUAUCGCCCCAGAGAACCACUGCCUUCGAAGGUUCCACUGUACUGCUUGAGGGGAGAGUAUACUGGCCCAGUAGGAAUAACAAAGCUCAGAGGCACACAGAGACACGGACAGACAGUUUAGAGAUAAGGGGGAGACAUUCUCUUCCCUCUUGUUCAACCGGCCAUACUCGUGGAAGAGAAAUGUAUCCCCAAAAUAAAAAAUAAAAUAAAUAGCGAGAGAAAUCUUGAGCUCGUUCAGGCCGUCUCUUUGCCCCAUGGUGUGGAUUUGCUCAGACUCACUCAGCUGCGCACGGUCUGGUCUCGUCCGGCCCUGCCUCCGCUCUGGAAACAAACAGCAGCAAAUGGCUUUCAGUUAUCAGCAAAACAGAUCAUGGAAUUAACCCUGCAGAAGAUCUCCCACACAAGGUCAUUAUAACCACACUCACAUAAACCAGGUCAUUAUAACCACAUAAACCAGGUAAUUAUAACCACUUACAAACCAGGUAAUUACAGGGAGGGUAAAAAGUAUUUGAUCCCCUGCUGAUUUUGUACGUUUGCCCACUGACAAAGAAAUGAUCAGUCUAUAAUUUUAAUGGUAGGUUUAUUUGAACAGUAAGAGAUCGAAUAACAACAAAAAAAUCCAGAAAAAUGCAUGUCAAAAAUGUUAUAAAUUGAUUUGCAUUUUAAUGCGGGAUAUAAGUAUUUGACCCCCUCUCAAUCAGAAAGAUUUCUGCCUCCCAGGUGUCUUUUAUACAGGUAACGAGCUGAGAUUAGGAGCACACUCUUAAAGGGAGUGCUCCUAAUCUCAGCUUGUUACCUGUAUAAAAGACAGCUGUCCACAGAAGUAAUCAAUCAAUCAAUCAGAUUCCAAACUCUCCACCAUGGCCAAGACCAAAAAGCUCUCCAAGGAUGUCAGGGACAAGAUUGUAGACCUACACAAGGCUGGAAUGGGCUACAAGACCAUCGCCAAGCAGCUUGGUAAGAAGGUGACAACAGUUGGUGCGAUUAUUCGCAAAUGGAAGAAACACAAAAUAACUGUCAAUGUCCCUCGGCCUGGGGCUCCAUGCAAGAUCUCACCUCGUGGAGUUGCAAUGAUCAUGAGAACGGUGAGGAAUCAGCCCAGAACUACACGGGAGGAUUUUGUCAAUGAUCUCAAGGCAGCUGGGACCAUAGUCACCAAGAAAACAAUUGGUAACACACUACGCCGUGAAGGACUGAAAUCCUGCAGCGCCCGCAAGGUCCCCCUGCUCAAGAAAGCACAUAUACAGGGCCGUCUAAAGUUUUCCAAUGAACAUCUGAAUGAUUCAGAGGAGAACUGGGUGAAAGUGUUGUGGUCAGAUGAGACCAAAAUGGAGCUCUUUGGCAUCAACUCAACUCGCUGUGUUUGGAGGAGGAGGAAUGCUGCCUAUGACCCCAAGAACACCAUCCCCACCGUCAAACAUGGAGGUGGAAACCUUAUGCUUUGGGGGUGUUUUUCUGCUAAGGGGACAGGACAACUUCACCGCAUCAAAGGGACGAUGGACGGGGCCAUGUACCGUCAAAUCUUGGGUGAGAACCUCCUUCCCUCAGCCAGGGCAUUGAAAAUGGGUCGUGGAUGGGUAUUCCAGCAUGACAAUGACCCAAAACACACGGCCAAGGCAACAAAGGAGUGGCUCAAGAAGAAGCACAUUAAAGUCCUGGAGUGGCCUAGCCAGUCUCCAGACCUUAAUCCCAUAGAAAAUCUGUGGAGGGAGCUGAAGGUUCGAGUUGCCAAACGUCAGCCUCAAAACCUUAAUGACUUGGAGAAGAUCUGCAAAGAGGAGUGGAACAAAAUCCCUCCUGAGAUGUGUGCAAACCCGGUGGCCAACUACAAGAAACGUCUGACCUCUGUGAUUGCCAACAAGGGUUUUGCCACCAAGUACUAAGUCAUAUUUUGCAGAGGGGUCAAAUACUUAUUUCCCUCAUUAAAAUGCAAAUCAAUUUAUAACAUUUCUGACAUGCGUUUUUCUGGAUUUUUUUGUUGUUAUUCUGUCUCUCACUGUUCAAAUAAACCUACCAUUAAAAUUAUAGACUGAUCAUGUCUUUGUCAGUGGGCAAAUGUACAAAAUCAGCAGGGGAUCAAAUACUUUUUUCCCUCACUGUAUAUACACACAUACAUACAUACAUACAUACAUACAUACAUACAUACAUACAUAUAUACAUAUCCUUUAAAAAAUAUUAUUACUUUCCAACUCCACCACCCUUUCCCUACUUGGAGUAAACUAGUGAACAACAAUGCUUAGGCCUCUACUUCCAGCUUAUACUUACUAUCUACAUUUUAUGGACACAGUCAAUUUUACAAUAAUUAUAUUUUGUUUGUUUUUUCUCCUGAACUUCUUCUACUCUCAACCUCUCCGAUCAUUUUCAUGAUGUCCAUCCGGUUUGCUUCUAUAUGCCAUAUCUUUCUAACUGUGCUCUUUCACAAAAGCUCCCAACCUACAACCUAUAUACUUAUUAUGGACACAGUAUGCUUUACACUAGUUAUCUUGUUGUUAUUAGUUGUUGUUAUUAGUCCCAUCCUUCAGCUCCAUUCAACACCUCCCAUCUAUCUCUUAAUACCAUCCAUAUUGGAUUUCUAUUUGCCAUAUAUUUUUCAACUGUACUGUGAUGUUUUACAAAAGUUCUGAACCUUUCUAUUCUCAUUGUUUCUACAGAUUGUGAAUUGAAAAGAAACAUUUUUGCUAAAAGUAUUAUUAUAUUAUUGAUCGAUUGACUAUGACUUUUCAGAUCACCCAGGUUAGCUCCAGGUAAAUAUUGCAAUCCAUUCCUGGACCUGUGUCCAAAAACAAGCUACAGAUGGACAGUACCAAAACAAAUGAUCUAAUGCUUCUGUCUCUUCGCAGCAAAAUCUGCAGAGCUGGGAAGAUUGUAUCCCCCAUAUAAAUAACAUUCUAUUGGUAGCAAUAAUUUUGUAUAACAACUUAAAUUGAAAAAUUCUAAGUUUUGAAUCCGGCGUCGUUUUGCGUAUCAGUUCAUAAACACUAUGCCAUGGGAUCGGUACGUCAAAAAUCUCUUCCCAACUAUUUUGCAAUCUAUAUGGGACGGCUGUCAAUCCUUUUGUCCUUAAAUGAAACAGACAAGUUCCUUACUUUCUCCCCCUUCCACUUUCCUCUUCCAUUUUUGCGGUAAGGCUGCAAUUAUUUGGUUGUAAUUUUGGGUAGAGCAGACAGUCAGCAAUUGCUGGCAUGUCAUGCCUAAGUUUGCUAAUCUUGCCAAUGAAAUACUUAUUGAAGUAGUUGGCAAUAUCAGUUGGUUUUGUGAUGAAUGAGCCAUCUGAUUCAAUGAAUGAUGGAGCUGAGUUUGCCUUUUUUCCCAAAAUGUAAUUGAAGGUGCUCCAAAGCUUUUUACUAUCAUUCUUUGUCAUUUAUCUUUGUUUCAUAGUGUAAUUUCUUCUUCUUGUUAUUCAGUUUAGUCACAUGAUUUCUCAAUUUGCAGUACGUUUGCCAAUUGGUUGUGCAGCCAGACUUAUUUGCCAUUCCUUUUGCCUCAUCCCUCUCAACCAUACAAUUUUUCAAUUCCUCAUCAAUCCACAGGGAUUUAACAGUUUUUACAUUCGUUUUCUUAAUGGGUGCAUGCUUAUUAGUAACUGGAAUAAGCAAUUUCAUAAAUGUGUCAAGUGCAGCAUCUGUUUGCUUCUUAUUACACACCACGGACCAACAUAUAUAGUUGAAGUUGGAAGUUUACAUACACUUAGGUUGGAGUCAUUAAAACUUGUUUUUCAACCACUCCACAAAUGUCUUGUUAAUAAACUAUAGUUUUGGCAAGUCGGUUAGGACAUCUACUUUGUUUAUGACACAAGUAAUUUUUACAACAAUUGUUUACAGACAGAUUAUUUCACUUAUAAUUCACUGUAUCACAAUUCCAGUGGGUCAGAAGUUUACAUACACUAAAUUGACUGUGCCUUUCAACAGCUUGGAAAAUUCCAGAAAAUGAUGUCAUGGCUUUAGAAGCAUCUGAUAGGCUAAUUGACAUAAUUUGAGUCAAUUGGAGGUGUACCUGUGGAUGUAUUUCAAGGCCUACCUUCAAACUCAGUGCCUCGUUGCUUGACAUCAUGGGAAAAUCAAAAGAAAUCAGCCAAGACCUCAGAAAAAUAAUUGUAGACCUCCACAAGUCUGGUGCAUCCUUGGGAGCAAUUUCCAAAUGCCUGAAGGUACCACGUUCAUCUGUACAAACAAUAGCAAGUAUAAACACCAUGGGACCACACAGCCGUCAUACCGCUCAGGAAGGAGACGCGUUCUGUCUCCUAGAGAUGAACGUACUUUGGUGCGAAAAGUGCAAAUCAAUCCCUUGUGAAGAUGUUGGAGGAAACAGGUACAAAGGUAUCUAUAUCCACAGUUAAAUGAGUCCUAUAUCGACAUAACCUGAAAGGCCGCUCAGCAAGAAAGAAGCCACUGCUCCAAAACCGCCAUAGAAAAGCCAGACUACGGUUUGCAACUGCACAUGGGGACAAAGAUCGUACUUUUUGGAGAAAUGUCCUCUGGUCUGAUGAAACAUAAAUAGAACUGUUUGGCCAUAAUGACCAUCGUUAUGUUUGGAGGAAAAAGGGGAGUGCUUGCAAGCCGAACAACACCAUCCCAACAGUGAAGCACGGGGGUGCCAGCAUCAUGCUGUGGGGGUGCUUUGCUGCAGGAGGGACUGGUGCACUUCACAAAAUAGAUGGCAUCAUGAGGAAAAUUAUGUGAAUAUAUUGAAGCAACAUGUCAAGACAUCAGUCAGGAAGUUAAAGAUUGGUCACAAAUGGGUCUUCCAAAUGGACAAUGACCCCAAGCAUACUUCCAAAGUUGUGGCAAAAUGGCUUAAGGACAACAAAGGUAUUGGAGUGGCCAUCACAAAGCCCUGACCUCAAUUCUAUAGAAAAUGUGUGGGCAGAACUGAAAAGGCGUGUGCGAGCAAGGAGGCCUACAAACCUGACUCAGUUACACCAGCUCUGUCAGGAGGAAUGGGCCAAAAUUCACCCAACUUAUUGUGGGACGCUUGUGGAAGGCUACCCGAAACGUUUGACCCAAGUUAAACAAUUUAAAGGCAAUGCUACCGAAUACUAAUUGAGUGUAUGUAAACUUCUGACCCACUGGGAAUGUGAUGAAAGAAAUAAAAGCUGAAUUAUUAUUCUGACAUUUCACAUUCUUAAAAUAAAGUGGUGAUCCUAACUGACCUAAAACAGGGAAUUUCUACUAGGAUUAAAUGUCAGGAAUUGUGGAAAACUGAGUUUAAAUGUAUUUGGUUAAGGUGUAUGUAAACUUCCGACUUCAACUGUAUUCUUAUACACAAUAUUAGGCCCAGCCUUUGGAACUUUGGUUUUCCUAGAUAUGGCUACUACAUUGUGAUCACUACAUCCAAUGGAUGUGAAUACUGCUUUCAAACAAAUCUCUGCAGCAUUAGUAAAGAUAUGAUCAAUACAUGUUGAUUAUUUAAUUCCUGUACUGUUUGUAACCACCCUGGUUGUUAUUUGAAAAGGAAAUAAUCUCCCAAAUAUCACUAUUUCUAAAACAAGCCAUAGAAAGUUGGUUGCAAUUUCAAUUUAAUCCUCCAGAAACUACAGAACAAAUAAUGCAACAAAUAUUGUGGUUAAAAUCAAAUAUAGUAAUUGAUUUAAAAAAAUGUUUUGGACAAAAUGUUUAAAAAAUGUAUAAUCUUCCUAAAUGAUAUCAUCGGUAGGACUGGUGGAGUUAUGUCGCACAUGCAGCUAACAAAAACAUAUGGAAAUGUCUGCUCUACCCAAAAUUACAACCAAAUAAUUGCAGCCUUACCGCAAAAAUGGAAGAGGAAAGUGGAAGGAGGAGAAAGUAAGGAACUUGUCUGUUUCAUUUAAGGACAAAAGGAUUGACAGCCGUCCCAUAUAGAUUGCAAAAUAGUUGGGAAGAGAUUUUUGACAUACCGAUCCCAUGGAACUGAUACGCAAAACAACGCCGGAUUCAACAUUUUUCAAUGUAAAUUAUUAUAUAAAAUUAUUGCUACCAAUAGAAUGUUAUUUAUAUGGGGGAUACAAUCUUCCCAGCUCUGCAGAUUUUGCUGCGAAGAGACAGAAUCAUUAGAUCAUUUGUUUUGGUACUGUCCAUUUGUAGCUUGUUUUUGGACACAGGUCCAGGAAUGGCUAAAGAAUUGCAAUAUUUACCAGGAGCUAACCCUGCAGAUAGCACUACUGGGUGAUCUGAAAAGUCAUAGUCAAUCGAUUAAUAAUAUAAUAAUACUUUUAGCAAAAAUGCUUAUUUUCAAUUUACAAUCUGUAGAAACAAUGAGAAUGGAAAGGUUCAGAACUUUUGUAAAGCAUCACAGUACAGUUGAAAAAUAUAUGGCAAAUAGAAAUCCAAUAUGGAUGGUAUUAAGAGAUAGAUGGGUGGUGUUGAAUGGAGUUGAAUGAUGGGACUAAUAACAUCUAACAACAAGAUAACUAAUAAUGUAAGCAUACUGUGUCCAUAAUAAGUAUAUAGGUUGUAUGUUGGGAGCUUUUGUGAAAGAGCACAGUUAGAAAGAUAUGGCAUAUAGAAGCAAACCGGAUGGACAUCAUGAAAAUGAUCUGAGAGGUUGAGAGUAGAAGAAGUUCAGGGGUAAAAACAAACAAAAUAUAAUUAUUGUAAAAUUGACUGUGUCCAUAAAAUGUAUAUAGUAUGUAUAAGCUGGAAGUAGAGGCCUAAGCAUUGUUGUUCACUAGUUUACUCCAAUUAGGGAAGGGGUGGUGGGGUUGGAAAGUAAUAAAGGGGAAUAUAUUUUAUUUAAAGGAUGUAUAUAUAUGUAUGUAUGUGUAUGUAUCUGUAUAUGUAUGUGUGUAUAUAUACAGUGGGGAGAACAAGUAUUUGAUACACUGCCGAUUUUGCAGGUUUUGCUACUUACAAAGCAUGUAGAGGUCUGUAAUUUUUAUCAUAGGUACACUUCAACUGUGAGAGACAGAAUCUAAAACAGUAGGCACUGCAACCGCAGACACAGGCAUCCCCAGCGACAAAGGUGCAGGAAGAUCAGGCUCCAGGAAGGAGAAACUAUUCGUUGUUUGUAUCCGCUCCGGGCCUCUCGUUGGGAGUGUAGACUGCUUUGCGGGAGGUCGCUGUCUUCGGCUUCCACGGCUCGUGACAUGCGACCAUCGUUGAUUGCCUUUCUCCUCAUGCUGUGCUCCUUCGACGGCGCUAUCAGAUGGGGGAGCUCCGGGCAACACCGGCCAGUCAGAUAACGACAAACGACAAGGCGGAGAUGCAUCCAACAAGCGCGAACGCCGUCCAGCCACCGGCGUAGAAAAGGUAAACAUUCCACUCUGCGUUUUCCCCAGUUUCUUACGUAGGCUGGUGACCUGCGUGAUCAAGGAAGCCUCCUGGUGACCUGCGUGAUCAAGGAAGCCACCUCAAGACUAUAAUCCUCGGCAAGCAAACAGUUGCCGCAUUGGAACUCAGAGUGAUCCAGUUUGUCCCGAAAACAAAGCGUAGUAGAUACAGCUCCUACAGCGCUGGAACCGUUCAUUUAGUUCUCCAGACAAAGAGGGCUCCAUUGGAAAACCCAUCAGGUACCAACUUCGUUAGCUUGAUGGCUAGCAGCUUAGCGUCUCUGUCAAGCAGGCUUUAACCUGUCUCUUAAGCGGGAUUCCGGGACAACAAAUAGCAGUCCUAGCUGUUAAAAGCUAACCGCGUCGUGGAAUCCACGCAAAAACAAGUUCUGUAUUCGUAUUCAUGAAUAGUAUUUUGGUUUUAAUAAAAAAUAACAAGCAAAGUGUUUUCCAGCAUAUAAUGUUCAGCUGCGCACUCUGAUGAUGUCAGCAGGGUGGAUGGAGUAACGCAUGAUUCGCAUACCGCCCCAACAGAUCCGUGGAUGGAGUAACGCAUGAUUCGCAUACCGCCCCAACAGAUCCACAGAUGGAGUAACGCAUGAUUCGCAUACCGCCCCAACAGAUCCACAGAUGGAGUAACGCAUGAUUCGCAUACCGUUCCAACAGAUCCACAGAUGGAGUAACGCAUGAUUCGCAUACCGUCCCAACAGAUCCACAGAUGGAGUAACGCAUGAUUCGCAUACCGCCCCAACAGAUCCACAGAUGGAGUAACGCAUGAUUCGCAUACCGCCCCAACAGAUCCACAGAUGGAGUAACGCAUGAUUCGCAUACCGUCCCAACAGAUCCACAGAUGGAGUAACGCAUGAUUCGCAUACCGUCCCAACAGAUCCACAGAUGGAGUAACGCAUGAUUCGCAUACCGCCCCAACAGAUCCACAGAUGGAGUAACGCAUGAUUCGCAUACCGCCCCAACAGAUCCACAGAUGGAGUAACGCAUGAUUCGCAUACCGUCCCAACAGAUCCACAGAUGGAGUAACGCAUGAUUCGCAUACCGCCCCAACAGAUCCGUGGAUGGAGUAACGCAUGAUUCGCAUACCGCCCCAACAGAUCCACAGAUGGAGUAACGCAUGAUUCGCAUACCGCCCCAACAGAUCCACAGAUGGAGUAACGCAUGAUUCGCAUACCGUCCCAACAGAUCCACAGAUGAUGCAAUCUCAAUCGCACUCCACACUGCCCUUUCCCACCUGGAGAAAAGGAACACUUAUGUGAGAAUGCUGUUCAUUGACUACAGCUCAGCAUUCAACACCAUAGUGCCCACAAAGCUCAUCACUAAGCUAAGGACACUGGGACUAAACACCUCCCUCUGCAACUGGAUCCUGGACUUCCUGACGGGCCGCCCCCCAGGUGGUAAGGGUAGGUAACAACACAUCUGCCACGCUGAUCCUCAACACGGGGGCCCCUCAGGGGUGCGUGCGCAGUCCCUUCCUGUACUCCCUGUUCACCCACGACUGCAUGGCAAAGCACGACUCCAACACCAUCAUUAAGUUUGCUGACAACACAACAGUGGUAGGCCUGAUCACCGACAACGAUGAGACAGCCUAUAGGGAGGAGGUGAGAGACCUGGCCGUGUGGUGCCAGGACAACAACCUCUCCUUUAAUGUGAGGAAGACAAAGGAGCUGAUCGUGGACUACAGGAAAAGGAGGGCUGAACACGCCCCCAUUCACAUCGACGGGCUGUAGUGGAGCGGGUCGAGAGUUUCAAGCUCCUUGGUGUCCACAUCACCAACAAACUAUUAUGGUCCAAACACACUAAGACAGUCGUGAAGAGGGCACGACAACACCUUUUCCCCUCAGGAGACUGAAAAGAUUUGGCAUGGGUCUCCAGAUCCUCAAAAGGUUGUACAGCUGCACUAGAGGUCAUCCUGACCGGUUGCAUCACCGCCUGGUAUGGCAUCCAACCAUAAGGCACUACAGAGGGUAGUGCUUAUGGCCCAGUUCAUCACUGGGACCAAGCUUCCUGCUAUUCAGGACCUAUAUACUAGGCGGUGUCAGAGGAAGGCCCAAAAGACUCCAGCCUCCCUAGUCAUAAACUGUUUUCUCUGCUACCGCACAGCAAGCGGUACCGGAGUGCCAAGUCUAGGUCCAAAAGACUUCUUAACAGCUUCUACCACCAAGCCAUAAGACUCCUGAACAAUUAAUAAAAUGGCCACCUGGACUAUUUACAUUGACCCUGUGGUGGAAAUUCUAACCAGAAGGAGAGAGACUGUAGAUUCUUCAAACAACAACUUUAUUAUAAGAUUUGCAAAAAUGGAACAAUCAACAAUCGCUUAAAUAGUGCAGAGUUAAAUGCCCGAUGAACAGAAUUGUCUCUCAGCUUUUAUAGAAAGAGUACAACCUCUUUUGUCUACGUGGCAGUUAGCAGAUGUGUGGAAACAGGGGCGGAACAUAGUAUAAAAGGUGAUUGGUUUGUCUGUGCAGAUUAAGAUAGACGGUUGAGUCCUCGGGCUAACUACAUUUGUCACAGCUCACACUAUAAUGUGCUCCUUCCUGCAAGUUCCCAUUCAGCUGACUUCCUGCAGAUGGUAAAAACCACGGGAUGUCUCCCAUGCUGCGGUCGCACCCAAACAGAUCUUAGCUAUACGCCCAGUCUUAUGACCAAGUCACACAAAGACAAGUUUGUAUCAGGUUAGAAAAAAACACUAGCAUAUAACCAGAGACAAUUCUCUAAGUAGUAAAACACGGGAUAGCGUGACUAAUUAAUAAAUGUUCCACCGUAUAUUUUCUCCUAAUCCUAACUGGACACAUGAAUGUUCUUGCAACGUUCCCAUGAAAUGUGUCUAGAACAUUAAUAUUGGAUAUUCUGAGAACAUGUAAACCAUGUUCUGGGGAUGUUCUGUUCUCCUAACUCUAACGCCAAAACAUGCUAGAAGGUUAUCAGAAGGUUUUUGCUAACAUAGACAGAAUGUUCCCCCAACUAACAGAAAACUGCACACUCAAAUAUUAGUGGAAAAUUACGGGUAACAUUGCAGAAACGUUCUCUCGCCAUAGAAUUGUUAGCUGGGACAAACCUGUUUCAGCUCCUUCAGCUUCCUCUCUCUCUCUCCUGAAUGCUCUGCGGAAACAGCUUGAGUUUCAGUUCUUUCAGCUUCCUGAAGGUCUGCACUGGGGGCAGCUGUAGACCCCCCUCUGAUCAUCCUGAUCCCAGUGGUCAUUAAUACAGCCCAGACAGUAGCUAUGUCCACAGGGAAUAGUGACCAGAUCCUGUAGAUCCUCAACUGAUGGAGGCUAUAUUCUCUGCUAUGUUAAACACACAGACAGACGGGCUGAAUGAGCGUGACUUUCCUUUCCUCACACACACAGAACUGGGAGUGGCCUUCUAGGUGUGUUCGAGAGAGAGAGAGAGAACUGAAGUUAAAUGGCUAGAGGCAACACCAGGGGGCGACGGUUCAUAAAUGGAGGUCUUUAUGCAUUUUGAGAAACAAGACAUCUCAUCGCUCCUCUAUAGGGGUGUAGAAGAGCAGAUCCAGAGCCCAAACAUACACAGGAGCCCACACCACAUACCCACACCCGAACCCUAACUAGACCCCUACACUAGACACCCGACACGACACACACACACACUAUACCACCCACACACCCGACACAACCUAACACCAACACCACACCAUACCAACCCGACACAUACACCUACACCCUACACAUACAAAACCCACACCAACACUACAACAACACCCUACACCCUACACCAUACACCCUACACCUACACAACACCUAAAACACCCACACCCUACACAACACUACACACCCUACACCAUACACCCUACACCACUACACAACACCCUACACACAGACACCCUACAACCCUACACCCAUAACCCACACCCCACACAACAACAGAGACACCCUACACCCUACACAUACACCUACCCACACCACACCAACACCCUACACGUACACCGAUACAACACCAUACACCCUACACCCACACUACACACCCUACACCACACCUACACUACACCUACACCCUACACCACUACACACCCUACACCCACAGAAACCCUACACCCUACACCUAUACACCACCCUACACCCUAAAUAGCACCCUACACCCUACACACUACACAUACACCCUACACACACUAUACACCCUAUACACCUACACCCUACACCUACACUAUACACCCUCACCUACACCUACCCUAACAACCCUACACCCUACACUAUACACCCUACACCCAUACACCCUACACUAUACACCCUACACCUAUACACCCUACACCCUACACCUAACCACAUACACCCUACACCAUACACUAUACACCCUACACCCUACACAUAACACCCUACAACCCUACACUACACACACCACACUAACACCCUACACUAACACCCUACACCUACAACACAACAACCCCACAACUAUAACACCCUACACAUACACCUACACUACACCAACAAACCCUACACCAAAACCCACACACACCAUACAACCUACACUAUACACCCUACACUAUAUCACACUACACAACCCUAUCACCCUACACACUAACUAUAACCCUACACCCUACACUAACACACCUAAAACCCUACACUAUACACACAACCCUACACACCCUACACCCUACACUAUACACCCUACACCCUACACCCUACACACCCUACACCACCCUACACACACACCCUACACCCUACCAACCCUAACACUAUACAAACCCACACACACUACACCCGACCCCUACACCUAACAACACUACACCCUUACACCCACACCCAACUACACUUACACCCUACACCACACACUAUACACCCUACACCCUAACACGCAACACCCUACACCCACACCAUACACCCUGACACUAUACACACACCCCACACGACACCCAACACCCACCCCCCACACACCUACACCCUACACAUACACCCUACACAUACCCCUAACACCCUACACCUAGACCCUCACCUACAACCCUACACAAACCCAACACCCUAACACUAACACCCUACACACUAUACACCCAUACACUAAACCCACCCUACACCUACAACCCAACACCCUACACCCUACACCCCAUAACACCCUAACACUAACACCUUAACACCCUACUACACUAUACACCCUACCCCUACACCCUACACACUAACACCCUACACCUAGAACCUACAAACCCCCAACACCCUACACACUACACCCUACACUAUACACCCCACAACCCACCAACCACACCACUACACUAACACCUACCACCCUACACCACCCUAGACACCCUAAAACUCUACACCCACCUACAACACCUACACCUCAACACCCUAUCACUAUACACACCUACACCCUAACUAUACACCCUCACUAACACUAUCACCCUACACACUAACACAAACCCUACAACCCUACACUAUACCCCUACACAUAACACCCUACACUACUACACCCUAACCAACACCCUACACCCUACACCCUACACCCUACACCCUACACACACCCUACACCCUACACUAUACACCCUACACUAUACACCCUACACCAUACACCUACAAUACAUACCCUACACCCUACACACCCUACACUAUACACCCUACACCCUACACAACACACCCUACACCACACCCACACACCCUAUACAUAACCUAACCCUACCACUAACAACACCCUACACCUACUACCCUACACUAUACACCCUACACCAUACACCUAACACUAUACACCCUAAACCAACCCUAACACCCUACACAUACACCCUACAACCCUACACCUACACCCUACACUAUACACUACACUGAUACACCCUACACCCUACACCCUACAACAACACCCUACACCCUAACACCCGACAAUAUAAACCCUACACCCACACACUACAACACCCUACACUUAUAACACCCUACCACUAACAACCCUACACCCUACACCCUACACCCUACACCCUACACCCACAAACCCCUACACCCUACACCAUACACCCUACACACACCCUACACCCUACACUAUACACUUACACCCUACACCCUACACUAUACACCCUACACCCUACACUAUACACCCUACACCCUACACCAUACACUAUACACACACAUAGAGAGAGAGAAACACUUGUAUCAUUACACACCACUCUGCUGUAAUCUCAGUAUCAUAGUGUUGGUCCCAAAUGGCACCCUAUUGUCUAUAUAGACCCCUAUGGGCCAUGCUCCAAAGUAGUCAACUAUUUACAUUUACAUUUUAGUCAUUUAGCAGACGCUCUUAUCCAGAGCCACUUACAGUUAGUGAGUUCAUACAUUAUUUUUAUUUUUUCAUACUGGACCCCCAUGGGAAUCAAACCCACAACCCUGGCGUUGCAAACGCCAUGCUCUACCAACUGAGCUACAUCCCUGCCGGCCAUUCCCUCCCCUAUCCUGGGCCAAUUGUGCGCCGCCCCAUGGGUCUCCCGGUCGCGGCCGGCUACGACAGAGCCUGGAUUCGAACCGGAUUCGAACCAGUGCCUUAGACCACUGCGCCACUCGGGAAUUACUAUAUAGGGGAGCCUUAAUAGGAAUGCUGUGAGAGAGGGGAAGGCAGACUUUCCUAUGAUCAUUAAAUACAUGAUAUAUUAUUAUACUUUACAGGUCAUGUAGAGGAACUUAGAGCAGCUAACUACAAGCUAUACAUUACACAAUAUCCACUGCAGUAUUUCAACACACACACGUAUAAGAAUCAUACAGUUAAAAAUAUGCAAUAGAAUAGUCUAAAAGGUGUCGUGGUGCUGACAGGUGCCUGGUCUCUCUGAGGGUCUGGUCUGGUCCCCAGUGUCCUGGUUGGGAAGGUGUAGUUCUCAUGCCAGUCUGGUCCCCACUGUCCUGGUUGGGAAGGUGUAGUUCUCAUGCCAGUCUGGUCCCCACUGUCCUGGUUGGGAAGGUGUAGUUCUCAUGCCAGUCUGGUCCCUACUGUCCUGGUUGGGAAGGUGUAGUUCUCAUGCCAGUCUGGUCCCCACUGUCCUGGUUGGGAAGGUGUAGUUCUCAUGCCAGUCUGGUCCCCACUGUCCUGGUUGGGAAGGUGUAGUUCUCAUGCCAGUCUGGUCCCUACUGUCCUGGUUGGGAAGGUGUAGUUCUCAUGCCAGUCUGGUCCCUACUGUCCUGGUUGGGAAGGUGUAGUUCUCAUGCCAGUCUGGUCCCUACUGUCCUGGUUGGGAAGGUGUAGUUCUCAUGCCAGUCUGGUCCCCACUGUCCUGGUUGGGAAGGUGUAGUCCUCAUGCCAGUCUGGUCCCCACUGUCCUGGUUGGGAAGGUGUAGUUCUCAUGCCAGUCUGGUCCCCACUGUCCUGGUUGGGAAGGUGUAGUUCUCAUGCCAGUCUGGUCCCCACUGUCCUGGUUGGGAAGGUGUAGUUCUCAUGCCAGUCUGGUCCCCACUGUCCUGGUUGGGAAGGUGUAGUUCUCAUGCCAGUCUGGUCCCUACUGUCCUGGUUGGGAAGGUGUAGUUCUCAUGCCAGUCUGGUCCCCACUGUCCUGGUUGGGAAGGUGUAGUUCUCAUGCCAGUCUGGUCCCCAGUGUCCUGGUUGGGAAGGUGUAGUUCUCUUGCCAGUCUGGUCCCCACUGUCCUGGUUGGGAAGGUGUAGUUCUCAUGCCAGUCUGGUCCCCAGUGUCCUGGUUGGGAAGGUGUAGUUCUCAUGCCAGUCUGGUCCCCACUGUCCUGGUUGGGAAGGUGUAGUUCUCAUGCCAGUCUGGUCCCCAGUGUCCUGGUUGGGAAGGUGUAGUUCUCAUGCCAGUCUGGUCCCCACUGUCCUGGUUGGGAAGGUGUAGUUCUCAUGCCAGUCUGGUCCCCACUGUCCUGGUUGGGAAGGUGUAGUUCUCAUGGCAGUCUGGUCCCCACUGUCCUGGUUGGGAAGGUGUAGUUCUCAUGCCAGUCUGGUCCCCACUGUCCUGGUUGGGAAGGUGUAGUUCUCAUGGCAGUCUGGUCCCCACUGUCCUGGUUGGGAAGGUGUAGUUCUCAUGGCAGUCUGGUCCCCACUGUCCUGGUUGGGAAGGUGUAGUUCUCAUGCCAGUCUGGUCCCCACUGUCCUGGUUGGGAAGGUGUAGUUCUCAUGCCAGUCUGGUCCCUACUGUCCUGGUUGGGAAGGUGUAGUUCUCAUGCCAGUCUGGUCCCUACUGUCCUGGUUGGGAAGGUGUAGUUCUCAUGCCUCUCCACACAGGGGUUCUGUUUCACACACAGACACUGCCUCAGCCUCGAACCCUGUCUUCUCCUCACAAACCUACAAAGACAGGACACACACUGCUAG